AUGGAGUUCAUGAUCGACGGUUAUGUCCCCUUUGUUGACAAAAACAUUCCACCGGAAGUGGCUGCAUGGAUUAGACAGUGUUUACGCAUUGACAGCGAAGAGAGAAUCAGUGCCAGCGAGCUUCUUGGUUUAUUAAGAUACAGCCAGGCCAGUUCGCUGAGUGUAACCGCCGGAUUUUCGGAUGCCAUAGCAAGCGCACAGCUUGGCGAAGGUGAACCUGAGUUAGUCAUUAACGAGGAGUCUUUCGGCAGUAAUUGUGAAUGCAGCUAUUCAAUGCGUGACUGCAUCGGAUACGGAGCCAUCGGUCAAGUCUAUAAAGCAACAAUUACAGCAGCAGGAAACUUUUCCGGGAACAAUACGGUGGCGGUCAAAGUGGUUCACAUGGACAAUCAAAAUCGUUACCUGCAGUCAAGUCAAAACUGGCCGAAACUUCGCAAUCGAUUGGUGACGAUAGUCAAUAUUCGCAAUAAAAGCUUGCUUGCCUACCACAAAUUCAUCGUUCUCAAAACGACAUUAGGGAUACCUUACUUCGAACUGAUGAUGGAUUACUGCGAAGGUGAUCUUGAGAAACUGCUUAAUCGAUUCCGAACCGGCAGUCUGCCUUCGGAAGCUUCCCUUCAGUUCACCUCGGCUAUUCGAUACGCCCUGGAUAUCACAAACGGCAUAAACUUUCUGCACCAGAAUAAAAUCAUUCAUGGUGAUCUGAAACCAAAAAACAUUCUGGUCAAGGAAACAUCAAGCUGUUACAAGCGGCUCCUGAUUGGCGACUUGGACGAGCAUUGGCAGAUGACUGGAACGGUGACCCGCUUAAGAGACGUUCCGCAUUUUCAUGGAACAAUUCGUUAUUUACCUCCAGAAAUGUUCAAAAGAUUCAGAACAACUUCACAAGAAAUUGUUGAAGAAAGAAACAUAAACACAGGACGCAAAAUGGAUAUCUGGAGUCUUGGUUGCAUAAUGCUGGAUUUGGCAGACUGCAUAGCGAAAAAUGAAGAGAAAUGGUUGGAGAAAAACGGGGGUGAGCGGUAUGAGAAAAUUGUAGCCGGCAAGAGCAUUACGGACCAUGUUUUUGAAGAGAAGCUGGUGAACGGAUUCGUCCCGUUCGUGCCGGGUUUCAUUCCAGACUAUUUUGCCAGCUGUAUUCGGCAGUGUCUACGUUCAGCAAGCGAAGAACGACCGACGGCGGAACAGCUCCUGAAUCUGUUGGAGAGAGCUGAUAGAAAGGUGCCAAAGGAACUCUUUGUCUUCUUCCACGGCCAUCAGGAAAACCAGUUUUCAUCAGUGCUUAUGCAAUCGUUUGAGCCGCUAACCGGCACACUUCGACCGUUGAUGUUUGGCAACAGUUUGAAGAACACGCAUUUUUGCCACGGUAUAUUUACAUUGGGCAAUGUUAUUGUCUGCCGAGCACAAGAUAAAACGAACAGUGAUAAGCAUACAAUCGAACUGGACAUCGCCCAAAAGAGCUGGCGUACAACGACAGCUGACACUGCAGGAUUGGGGAUACCUGCAAAAUUUGCUGUUAACGUUGACGAUCAUAUCUACUUUUGGGAUGAAGAGGAUGUUCAAGCACCGUUCAAAAAGCUGGACGGCAGAAAUUUCUCGGUAUCUCCGCUUCCCAUGCCUCAUUGGAUCAGAAGAGUUGACCGGAUAGUUCGCAGCAAGAACAAAAUCUUUGUAAUUGGGGCAUCAUCCAGCGAGAGUGUUCGAUUGGUGGAACGAUUCGAUACGACAACAAAGCAGUGGGGACCACCCGGAUCAGUUGCAUCGCUGCCAGAUGACCGUGUCGGCUUCGCCGCCGUUGUUUUCAAUAAAGAGCUUUAUUUGCUAGGCGGUCAAACCACCUCCGAGACUGCACCCCAACUGCUAAAAUCAUGCGUCCGAUUGGACCGCAAAACCAGCCAAUGGGUGCAGGUGGGUGACCUUUUGCACGCCCGAGCCAACCACUGCGCGUUCGUUUAUCAGGAACAAGUGUACGUUUUCGGCGGACACGUGGAUGGUAAGGACGGCCUAGCGCAGACAAUGGAGGUGUACGAUGCGAAGACUUGUCAGUGGUCCACCUUUCCGCUGCCCGACUUGGAUGAUAUUGAUAUGGAUCCAAGCCUUAAUGUUUCUUAUGUCGUCAGAGUGGAUAUCAACGGCAGUCAGUCCCACUAACUCGGCGCUGGUAAAAAAUCUAAAAACUGUUCCUUUAAAAAAUCGACUCUUCGCCUUCUGCUUUAAGUGGCUUCCUCUAUAACUAGAGUUUCCUUGAAUAACUAGCAUGUUCCUGGAAAAAGAUGCACCACUCUUGGCCGAAUUAGGGUUAACCGCUUCACAAAUAGUUUUAUCUUUGACAUUUGGACUGAACUCACUGAAGUACUCCCUAUUUGACACGAUUUUACACUUAUUACUGAGUUAUCGUAGGAAAGUGGCUACAUCAGCGUAAAAACAUCCGUGUAGCUGUACGAGGACAAUUGGGUGCUGUGAACAGCCGGUUAGCCGUUGCUCGCAACGCUACUGACAUCACCGUUUACUAAAUGCAAACGGCUUAAAUUUAACCGGCUGUUCAUCGCAGCCCAAGCGUGCAGGGUAUGUUCACAGCACCCAAUUGCCCUCGUAGUACACAAAUUAUCACACGAAUAAAGUGGCGUAGUUCCAUUGUUUUUUUCCAAAGGUCUUAAGUCACCAAAUAUGGGGUUCGUCCCAGUUUCUGAAGAUUACAUCCAUGAAUUUCUUAUUUUACGCGCGCUGCCUGACCGCAACAGGGAACCACAUCGUUUCGUCGUAUUCUGUUGAAUGCCUUCGUAAUAGCUUUCACGCUUCCAAAUGACUCCGCAUACACAUCAUUUAAACGAAAAGUCCAUUUCAGUUAACACUAGAAGAAACGUUUAGUGCCGUGGGAAUCUCAAGGCGCUGAUCAUGAAGUUGAGCAGUGGCGCGUUUACGGGACUGCUAGAGGAGCCAUGGCUUCCCCGUAAAUUGAAGAUUCGGUUACUUAAAAAAAGCAAGGGUGACUUGAAGACAUUCCGGCUACUUUCCAAACUGGCGCACAAUGCUCCCCCUUUAUCAAAAAAGGUACUUGGGGAGCGCCAGGAUUUUUUUAAGGUGACCACUCCGUACACACCCUUUCACUCCGUACACAACCUUUUGCACUCCCUCUCAUUCCGUGCACAACCUUUUUGCGGACUACCAUUCACUCGGUGCACUACCAAACUUUUAUUAUAUAUUUAUAUAUAUUAUACUUAAAUACUUAUUACGCGUACCACAGAAAAGCAAAACUACAAAAAAAAAUAUUACUACUUUUUUGCAACAUCAUGGGACCGUUCCGACGAAGACAUCCUGGUGUAUGACAGCGUCGGCAAAUAAACUCACCUGGCAAGCGACGAUUGAAUAUACAACUAUUACGGAGCAGAUCUUGCGGAGAUUAGGGUGAAAAGCGUUGCUGUUCAAAAUAAAAAAAACGGUCGAGAUUGCGUGUUUUUUUUAUUCCAGAAAUAGCUCUGCUGUGAAAAAAUUAAAAAAAUUAAAAGGUGGUGUACGGAAUGAAAGGGAGUGGAAAAGGUUGUGCUCGGAGUGAAAGGGUGUGAAAGGGUGUGUACGGAGUGGUCACCUUUUUUUAAAUCGUAUUCGCGGCUAGUAUUACUAUUAGCAGCCUAUAAGUGGAUAAGGAGUAAAGUGUAGCAAACUGCCACCAGGGCGCCCACAUAUUAGGCAAGCACUUGAGCGUUCUAAAAGUAAGUUGCAAUUUGCAUUAUUAUAAAAGGUUUUCAUUUUGAAUCCAUUUAUAGUUCAACAAAAUGAGUUCAAAACGCAGACAGUUUUUGCUGACGGGAUUUUUUGACCCGAAUACAAUUAAAACAAAAUGCUGACAAGUGCCAAAUUCAGUUUCCUUUCGGAAUUUUUUUAGGAUUUUGGUGAAUUUUCAAAUGGCCGAAAUUACUUUUGCCGUUAAAUGUGUCAUUAAGAUAGGUGUUAUUUUCGUUGUUGGCCUUUCUGUUGUUUUGUUUUUUCUCUCUUGUUUUCCCUUUGGGCUUCAAGGUUUUUCUGCUCGGCUCAUGUACAGAGUACAAGCCAUAAAUUCCACAACAUUUGUUUGUUUUGUUUUGAUGAUUAUUGAUUUGUUAACUUGAUUGAUUAAUAACAUUGAUUUGUUUUGAUAAUUAUGAGUACGGAGUAUUGUUGGUUGCUAGUAUCUGUUGCGGAAACUUGUGUUUUCUAGCUUGCAGAUUUUUGUGCGCAUCGUCAAAGCAAGUAACCGAUUCCUAACUUUUUUCAAAUAUUUUAUUUGAUAAACAGCAUUAAUAAUCAUCAGAACGUACAAGCAUGCCUUAAUGUGCAUGUGUAACUUGUUUACUGCAUUAUCCCCAGCGAGCAGAAAUAAUGCCUCUGGCUAACGUUUUGGUAGGAAAUCAACACACGUACUGUAAAAAGCAUGUGUGAUGAAAGCUAUACAGUACGGAACAAUGCUGCAGUAUCACAAAUAAUAAUUGAUCUACUAAAAAGUUGACAAAGAAAUCGUUCGAUUAGAGCACUAACUCACUAAGCAGUCAAAUUCUGCUGUUUUCAGCUUUAAAAUCAUUUUUGUGCAAAAUUCUGAAGGCACCGUCAACUACCUAAGUACAGCUGUCGUCGAGAUGAACUUUUUACGCUUAACAUUUGCCCUCCUGAUUGUCGUUAUGCCCCUGAUUGCCCUGGUGGAAUCGACCAAAAAUAAAGAUACCGGCAAAAAAACAGACCCGAAAACCCAUGAUGCUACAAUGAAAGCGAAAAUCGUUCAGCAAUGCACGGAAGGGAAAAGCAGAGCGGAAGUGGCUGCAAUGUUUCACGUUAGCACCGAUACUGUCUCGAAAUUUGCUAAAGAGGCGAAUAAACACUGCAACUGAUUGCGCUCAACCCAGUGGGUCAGAACACUGGGAUAUUUUCGGAAGUGACUUCCAAUCUGUAUAGCUUCAAUCGUUAUGAAUUCUUUCUUUACAGCACCGCGGAUGUAUCCAAAAAUUUUGCAAAUGUUUUUUGCGCUGGUGCUCAUUUAUUAUUACCAUUUUUGUUUAUUGAUUUUUAUGCCUUGUAGCAUGUUCGCCUGUGGAACAGU